AUGAACCUUGAAGAAGCCUAUAUGGAUCUUGAGGCUCAAUUAAAAAUGUCACCACAAACCAUUCCCUACGUGACUCUCGACGUCUUCACCAAAACCAUUUUCGAGGGAAACCCCCUCGGAGUCGUCUUCCUCCCUUCACCCACAGCCAUAACUCAGAAACAAAAGCAACAAAUCGCCAAAGAAUUCAACUAUUCAGAAACCAUAUUUGUGCACCCUGUUGAUUCGCAGAGACCUACGGCGCAAAGGAUUGAUAUCUUUACUACGACUGAUGAAUUGCCGUUUGCGGGCCAUCCCACAAUCGGUGCUGCGUCGUGGGUUCUGUUCCUAUCUGAUGACAAUGUGUCCAAGGUGAACACGAUUUUGACCAAAGCUGGUCCAAUUCCUAUUUCCUUAAAACCGACAAAAUCCGAUGAAGCCUCUGCUCUGAUUCCGCAUAAUGUGAGGAUUCAUCAGAAGAGGUUCCCAUUUCGGGAAUUGUUGAGAUUACAUCCUUCUGUUGAGCCGUUUCUUAACGCUGCCGAAACUGAAAGCGGGAAAGGAUUCCCAAUUGUCUCGAUUGUGAAUGGUAUGACACAGAUUCAUGUUGAGUUACCGAGUCUCGAGGCACUGGCAGCUGUUGGACCAGCUGUGGGGGGAGAAUCUGUUCCUGUCACUGAUAUCACGCAAGGCGGUUAUCUGGAUGAAGGGUGGGGUGGACAUGGCCACGUCGUUGUAUAUUUCUAUGUCAGGAACGUUGUGGAUGAAGUUACUGGUAAGAAAGUCAUAAGGACAAGAAUGUUUCUAGAGUCAGAGGAGGAUCCGGCAACGGGGAGUGCGGCGAGUGGGUUGGCUUCAUAUCUUGUUUUGAGUGAUGCUGGUGCUGCUGGCCAACUGCAGCAUGAUUUCCAUGUUGUGCAGGGUGUAGAGAUCGGACGGAGAAGUGAUAUUGGUCUUCGAGUCGUUUUGAAGGAGAAGGGUGAGGGAAUUGAGUCGGUUGAGCUGAGUGGAAGCUCGGUUAAGGUUGCAAAGGGUGAAAUAAGGGUGAAUUAA